GUUCAGUAGCAGUUCUUACAAACUUUUGAAGGACAACCGAGGACAGAAGUUCCGAAAUUAUUUCGAAAAGUCUAAGUUGGUGAUAAUCAUAAAUAAUCGUAAUUUUAAUAAGUAAUAAAUAAUAAAAAAUAUAAGAAGAUGGAUCUUAAACAAAAGUUAACUGAAGAAGCUUCUUGGAAACAAUUAGAAGAGUAUUUUUUCGGCACUGGCUCUAAAAUUAAAAUUGCCGACUUAUUUAAUCAAGACCCAGAACGUUUUGAUAAAUUUAGUCUAACUCUUCAAACUCCUGAUGAUGGGCCUAUACUAUUUGAUUAUUCAAAAAAUCGAAUCGAUGAGAAAGCUUUGAGUCUUUUGUUUAAUUUGGCCCGAGCGCGACAAAUUGAAAAAGCGCGAGAUGCAAUGUUCGCUGGAGAAAAAAUAAAUUUUACGGAAAAUCGUGCGGUUUUACAUACCGCUCUACGUAAUCAACGUAAUACACCAAUUCUCGUUGAUGGAAAAGAUGUUAUGCCAGACGUUAAUGCUGUCUUACAACAUAUGAAAGAAUUUACUAAUCAAGUAAUUUCCAAAGAAUGGAAAGGAUUCACUGGUAAACCAAUCGAAGAUGUUGUUAAUAUUGGAAUCGGUGGCUCUGAUUUGGGUCCUCUGAUGGUAACUGAAGCAUUAAAACCUUAUCAUUGUGGACCAAGAGUACAUUUUGUGAGUAAUAUUGAUGGUACUCACAUUGCCGAGACUUUGAAAAAAUUGAAUCCAGAGACCGCGCUUUUUAUCAUUGCAUCAAAAACAUUUACAACUCAAGAAACUAUCACUAAUGCAACAUCCGCAAAAUUGUGGCUCUUAGAACACCUAAAAAAUGAAGCAGCGGUAGCGUCUCAUUUUGUCGCAUUAUCAACAAACAAUCAAAAAGUAAAGGAGUUUGGAAUCGAUGAAAAAAAUAUGUUUGGAUUUUGGGAUUGGGUCGGUGGACGUUAUUCGCUGUGGUCAGCCAUUGGUUUAUCGAUUUCACUAUCCAUUGGCUUUGAUAAUUUCAAAAAAUUGCUGGACGGCGCAUUUUUCAUGGACCAACAUUUUUGCACCACUCCAUUAAAUCAAAACAUACCAGUAAUUCUUGCUCUAUUGGGUGUUUGGUACCACAACUUUUUCAAAGCCGAAACCCAUGCGCUUUUGCCUUAUGACCAGUAUCUUCAUCGAUUCGCUGCUUAUUUUCAACAAGGUGAUAUGGAAAGUAAUGGAAAAUAUGUUACUCGUUCAGGAACAACAGUUAAUUACACUACUGGACCAAUUGUCUGGGGAGAACCUGGUACCAAUGGCCAACACGCAUUUUAUCAAUUGAUUCAUCAAGGUACUAGAUUGGUACCAGCUGAUUUUAUUGCUCCUGUAUUAUCGCAUAAUAAGGUACAAGGUGAUUUACAUCACAAAAUAUUACUUGCCAACUAUCUCGCACAAACUGAAGCACUUAUGAAAGGUAAAAGUGUUGACCAAGCACGAGAAGAGCUGCAGAACUCUGGACUAAGCUCAGAACAAGUUAACUUCUUACUCCCACACAAAGUUUUUGAAGGCAAUCGGCCGACAAAUAGUAUUCUCGUUAAAAAAAUUACACCUUUUACUUUGGGUGCAUUAAUUGCGAUGUAUGAACACAAGAUUUUUGUGCAAGGAAUUAUUUGGGAUAUCAACUCUUUCGACCAGUGGGGUGUUGAAUUAGGAAAACAAUUAGCUAAAGCUAUUGAGCCAGAAUUGAAAAGCAAAGAUAAGAUAACCAGUCACGAUUCAUCAACCAAUGGUCUAAUUAAUUUUAUAAAAUCCAAUAAUUAAGAAAAAUAUUUGAUUUUAUUAUCAAACUAGAAUCAUAGUUAUAAAUUUAUUAUUUAAUUUUUGUUAUCAGCAAUAAUUAUUAAUAUAAAGGUCUACAGAUUAUCUAUUCAUAUACAUUUUA